AGUUGGGUGCCUGGGACGUCCUGAACACCCUGCUCCCACGGGGUCGUGCACGCCAGCAACCCACUCCACAUUACCUGAGCCUCCAGCAUGGCCACUUACAACGUGCAGGUGGUGACUGGGAAGCAGCUCCGUGCUGGCACCAUUGACUCUGUUUUUGCCACCUUGGUGGGCACCCAUGGCGAGAGCCCCAAAACUGUGCUGGACAACUGGGGCCCAGAUUUCUACAGAGGAGCGGUGCAUGACUACAAAGUCACCUGUGAGCAGGAUCUGGGGGAAAUCGUGCUUCUCCGUCUCCACAAAGAAGCUGUAUUUAAUGUGCUGUCCACUAGCUGGUACUGCAAUUUUGUCACGGUGACGUCCCACAAAGGAGAAGUCUACAGAUUUCCAUGUUAUCAGUGGAUUGAGGGCUCUGACACCCUGGAGCUGAGGGAGGGGACGGCGAAGACACCAGCCAUGGAUACUCUUCCUUUACUCCAGGACCAUCGGAAGAAGCAGCUUCAGCUCAGACAAUCUUGCUACGAGUGGAAGAAGUUUGCUGAGGGCAUCCCUUUCCAUCUGGACGUUGCAUCCCCCAAGGAACUGGACACAAACAUCAGGUUUUCUUUCGUCAAAGCAGCGGAUUUUGCCAAUCGCUCCAAAGCCCAGCAGGUGGAACUCAAGCUGAGAGGGUACUCCACUAGCCAAGAGUCCUGGGAGAAGCUGGAAGAUAUCAACAAAGUCUUCUUGUUCACCGAGACGGAUUUGUCCAGAUACGUCGUGAAGCACUGGAAGGACGACGCGUUCUUUGGGUACCAGUUUCUGAACGGUCUGAACCCGAGAAUGAUCCAAAGAUGCACAGAGAUUCCAUCUAACUUCCCUGUGACUCAGGACAUGGUGGCCAAAUCCCUUGGGGCCUCCACCACGCUGCAGAAGGAGCUGGAGAAGGGGUCCAUCUUCAUUGCUGACUACCGCAUCCUGGAGGGGGUCUCUGCAGGAAUCAAUAACGACCGCCAGCAAUACAUAGCAGCCCCCCUGUGCUUGCUGCAUCUCACAGCCCAGGAGCAGCUCAUGCCCCUCGCCAUCCAGCUCAGCCAGACCCCUGGCCCAGAGUCUCCCAUCUUCCUGCCAAGUGACCCCGAAUGGGACUGGAUCCUGGCCAAGUCCUGGGUGCGCAACGCUGACUUCCAUGUGCAUCAGGCCCUCACCCACCUGCUCCGGACGCACCUGCUGGCGGAGGUGUUCACCAUGGCCACCCUGCGCCACCUCCCCAUGUGCCACCCGCUCUAUAAGCUCCUGAUCCCCCACACCCGCUAUACCCUCCACAUCAAUGCCUUGGCCCGGGAGCGCCUCAUUUCAAAGGGUGGCGUCUUCGACCGGGCAACUGGCGUCGGAUUCCAGGGCUUGGUUGAGCUGCUGCAAAAGGACAUGAAGACCAUGACCUACUCCUCCCUCUGCCUCUCAGAAGACCUCGAAACUCGCGGGGUGUCCUCGUUGCCCAAUUAUUACUACAAGGAGGACGGCCUGAAGAUCUGGGCAGCCGUGGAGAGCUUUGUCUCUGGCAUUGUCGACUUGUAUUACAAAGACGACCGCUCUGUGCAGGAUGAUUUUGAGCUGCAGUCCUGGAUACGCGACGUCUUCACGAAAGGCUUCCUGCAACGAGCGUCCUCUGGCAUCCCUUCCGCAUUUAAAACUGUGAAAGAGCUCAAGAAGUUCUUCACAAUGGCGAUUUACACCAGCUCGGCCCAGCACUCUGCCGUCAACAGUGGGCAGUUUGAUUUGGGGGCGUGGAUGCCCAACUUCCCCCCGUCCAUGAGGAAGCCGCCGCCUCAGACCAAGGGGGCAGCAAACUUGGAGGACUACUUAGACACCAUCCCAGUGAUCAACACCACCUGCACUAUCCUGAGCACGCUGUGGUUGCUUAGUUCCAAAUCUCCAGAUAUGAUACGCUUGGGGAAAUACCCUGAGGAGCAUUUCACGGAGGAUGCCCCAAAGGGUCUCAUUGAGGCCUUUCGGAACGACCUGCACAGGAUCUCCCAGGAAAUCGAGGAAAGGAACGAGUCUGUCUCCAAACUGAUCCCUUCUGGCUAUGAGUACCUUUACCCGCCUGAGAUAGAGAACAGCGUCGCUAUAUAAGCUC